AACUAAAAGCUAAAGCCAGCUAAAGCUAAAGGAGAUAGAGUUUUGUUGUCCGUACGUUUAAGUGAUAUUGCAUCGCAUGACGUCAAAUUCGAUCAGUUUAUUUUCGAAGAUCUUGUACACAUCGUGUAGUAUACACCCCGAAUUAAUUAUUAUUCCUCAUAAGGUUUUUUAAAUAAUAAUAAUAAUAAUAACAAAACUAUGGCUAGUGGAACAAUACUGCAGAAAGCGAUAGAUUUAGUGACAAAAGCUACUGAAGAAGAUCGAAAUAAAAACUAUGAGGAAGCUUUGAAAUUAUACGAGCACGCAGUGGAAUAUUUUCUUCAUUCAAUAAAAUAUGAAGCACAAGGUGACAGAGCAAAGGAUAGUAUUCGGCAGAAGUGCCAGCAGUAUCUUGACAGGGCAGAAAAACUAAAAGCAUACUUGAAGAAAGGUAAGAAGAAACCAGUGGCUGCUGGUGACGAAGGAACCAAAGAGGAGAAGAAAAGUGACAGUGGAGACAGUGACACUGACAGUGACCCAGAGAAGAAAAAAUUACAGUCACGUUUAGAGGGUGCGAUUAUUAUUGAAAGACCUAAUGUUAAGUGGAGUGACGUUGCUGGACUGGAUCUUGCUAAAGAAGCGUUGAAGGAAGCUGUCAUAUUGCCUAUUAAAUUUCCUCAUCUGUUUACUGGUAAACGGAUACCUUGGAAGGGCAUUCUUCUCUUCGGUCCUCCAGGUACUGGUAAAUCAUAUUUAGCUAAAGCAGUAGCAACUGAAGCGAACAAUUCAAAUUUUCUGUCGGUAUCAUCGUCUGAUCUGGUGAGCAAGUGGCUUGGAGAAUCUGAAAAACUUGUUAAAAAUUUAUUCGAAUUAGCACGACAGCGUAAACCAAGUAUUAUAUUUAUUGAUGAGGUUGAUUCUCUUUGUUCAUCACGUUCAGACAAUGAGUCCGAAUCGGCACGACGAAUUAAAACUGAAUUUUUAGUUCAAAUGCAAGGUGUUGGUAAUGAUAACGAUGGAAUCCUUGUUUUGGGAGCAACAAAUAUCCCGUGGGUUCUUGAUGCCGCUAUUAGAAGACGAUUUGAGAAACGGAUAUACAUUGGUCUUCCGGAAGAGCAUGCUCGCGCGACCAUGUUCAAACUUCACUUGGGUGAUACACCUCACACUCUCACUGAGGAUGAUUUCAAACAAUUGGCAUCUCUCACAGAAGGUUACUCCGGUGCAGAUAUAGGCAUAAUUGUACGCGAUGCUUUGAUGCAGCCGGUGAGACUUGUACAGACGGCUACACAUUUCAAACGUGUGAGCGGUCCAUCGCCUAAAGACCGGUCAGUUAUUGUCGAUGAUUUGCUUACUCCUUGUUCACCUGGUGACCCAGAUGCUAUCGAAAUGAAUUGGCUUGAAGUCGAAAGUGAUAAACUUUGCGAGCCUCUAGUUACAAUGAAAUAUAUGUUGAAAUCACUGUCAACUACCCGUCCAACAGUUAAUGAAGAAGAUAUGGGUAAGCUCGAGAAAUUCAAAGAAGACUUCGGUCAAGAAGGUUAAAUUAAAUAACAAAAAACCACUAAUGAGGUACUAGAUCCUUGCCUUAUAAUAAUGCUUAUAUUUAAAGCUUAAUUAUAAAAUUAAUUUAAUGAAUUUUGUCCAAUAAAUAUUUUAUUUUUUUUACUGUAUUUAACAGCUGGACGUCACAUUUUUUAAAUUCAGUGAGUUUAUUACUUUCAUUGUUUCUCAUAACAAAUUUUUGAAUCUUUAAAUACAAUAAUAAUAAUAAUUAUUAUUAUUAUUAUGAUAAAUAAAUAAAUUCUUAUUGAUUGUACGAUAUACUAAUCCAGAAGUGUAAGUAAAUGUAAUAUUAAUUAUAAUAAUAAUAAUAAUAAUAAUAAUAAUAAUAUUAAGUAGUAGUAAUUUUUUUGUGGUAAUUUGAGGAUUUUAUUACAAACUCAUUACCACUUAAUAACAAUAACGAAUAAUAAAACUAAAAGAAAUCAAUUAUAAAAUUUUAUUCUAUACACAUGUCUACCGAAAAAUAAUAACAAAGCGCAUAAGUUAAUAUAAAUAAAA